UGGUCGUAUCCCCUCUCAUGUGGUUUAUUUUUUUACACAUGGACAACAAAAUGGUCCUGACUCGGUCAGUUAGUGACUCAAUUGGACGGUGACUGGAACUCUGCAAAAUUUAUGUUUUUUUGUCAUCCGCGAUGAUCCGUUCGGGGACGAUGCGUUUCCAAAGGAUAAUGACUAUCGUUUGCUUGGCGUUCCUGUCGGUGACCUCGGCCCGUUUCACUGGCUUCAGAAAACACAAGGUACACAACAUUGUGCUGUAUCCGGACAAGCACUCGUGGUGCACAAGCACGCCGAUCAAACAAGUCGUGACCUUUGACAACUGCGAACCGGCACAAGUAGAAAACCGCGUGUGCUUGGGCACCUGUUUCAGUUAUUCCAUACCGAGAACGUACCCUGCUGGUGGCGGAGACGAGGUGUCGCCUUACUGCGACUCCUGCCAGCCCAGCAACACGUCGUGGGUACCGAUAGAAUUGGUGUGCAACGAUGGAAAAAACGCCACCAAGUAUGUACAGAAGAUUGACGAUUGUAAGUGUGCAUCGUGUAGCAAACAUUGGACCUUCGAAGAGCCUACGUUGGACGAUGUCGACGGCAAAGAUGAAACUACAACGUUCUCCUCGACCUUUUCAGAGUUCAUGAAAUUGCAAAACGACGGAAAUAACGUCGAAGAAGAAGAAGAAGACGGCCAUAGUAGUACCGACGUGUCAUUCAGCCUAGAGAAUUCUACUAGAUCGGUUUACGAGAGAAACAUUUGGAUCCGAGGACCGCAUCAUUCAAAGGUUCUGUUGAGAAAAGAAACGGUCGACGGCAAUCAAAACGAUUAACGACCGACGACAAAGCACGUGUCAUACGUGCAAGACAAAUCUAUUAAAAUAAGAACUUAACGCGUGUUGAGAUAAUUUGUUUGUUUUUUUUAAUAUAUAUAUUUUUUUUAAUCAUACACUUUUUACGUCUAUAAGCAUGACAAGCCGUGUCCCACACUCACAUAGGUGCUAUUCCUCCAAGAGAGUCGUGGAGUUUCUUCAGCAACAAAUCCAAGUCUACCGCGUUUUUCUUACACUGAGCGGCCAUCUGACCUUCGGGCAUUUCCGCGGGCUCGUGCUUGAGCAUGUUUUCCGCUUGUUCCAGAUAGUUUUUCGAUCUCUAUUGUACGGAAAAUAAACAAAACUUCAAUAACCCACCCCGAGAAAUCAUCAGGAUAUUGGGGUGAUAAUGACAAGUUGACAGCAUCAAGUAGGAAGCCAAUAGGACUACACACAACACGGGCAUUCAGCAUGUGCGGGGUAAGCCUAUUGACCUAUUGGUUGCCAAUAUGAUGUUGGAAACUUCCAAUUUCACAGCGCUCUUGGGAAGUAAUUUAUCGAUUUUAGCGUUGCAAAUCUUGUAUGAAAACUCACCAGAAGGGCUUCGACAACCGAGUUGGUGUCUUGGUUGGACCGUCUGGCUUCUUCGGCCAUCACCGCGUGCAACUCGAACAUCAGCGAACCUCGAAGACGACAUUCGGCUAAGAGUAAAAUUACAAUUCAUAUAAUAGUUAAAGGUUUAAGAGUUGUUAACGUUACACGCAAGGUGCCAAAAAGCCGAGAGACUCGUUUUAUGCUCAUUAGCCUUUUGGCGCUUCAAAGCAUCUCAACGAAGACUCUAAAAUUAGUGAAACCGUUAAACAUCGACAAUAUUGUCUUCACUUGGCCACUUGCAAGUUGCGACACGUAACACUAAUAUCAGACGACAGACACAUUACAGAAGAUUUAACAAAUUCACUUCUCUUCAGCUACCUACACCCAUUGCGUUGUCUGCACUUACCCGGGAACAAAAUAUCGGCUAUUUUCAGUACUUUCAGACACAGCUCCCUCUUGUGGCUCAGCUGUUCUUGAGACAACUUGUCCAGCGGUUGGCCUUCGAGUUGACCGUAGAGCUGAGCCAGGUUGAGACGCACGUCGGUGAAAUAAUAGUGAUUAGGAUGCAAGUUGCCAGCCGACACAUAAUGGUCCAAAAACAAGCGACACUGCCCCGGGUCCCGACGGUUCAUGGCCGCCAAGUCUUUGCCCACGUGAGCCAAACACUGUUCGAUGCGAUUAGGGUCGGCCACGGUUGAACAGAAAUUGCACGUCCAACUCACGUCGAACGGAUCCGAGGCGGACGGGCUAACGUUGGGCAGGAAGUAGCCCAUACAGUCUCUACGAGGAAUUAAAAAUUUCACAAUAAAAACAAAAUAACAAGAGUCAUUCUUUGAAAAUGGGGAAAUUUCUUUCUUUCAAAUUUUGUAAAAAAAAAAAAUAUAAUUCCAUUAUUUUCCUA